GGCCGCGCCCCCGCCGCACUCCCGUGGAGGGGUUUACACCCCUCAGGGCCGCGGGCCCGGGUGGGACGCCGGGCUGUGUGCCCAGCAUGGAAAAAUAUGAGGUGCUGGAGCAGCUUCAGCCCGGGGCACUGGGCACGAUGCUGGUGGCUCAGCUGAAAACACACCAGGGUGCCCAGAAGAAAUAUGCAAUAAAGCAGGUUGAAUGCAUUGACCAACACCAAGCAAAUGUGGCCUUGAAGGAGGCAAUGGAUUUGCUAAAACUCUGCCAUUCUAAUAUCUGUGCUUACAAGGAAUUAUUUCUCACUUGGAAUAAUGAGGUCUCAUCUCUGUUCCUCUGCCUGGUCAUGCAGCACUCAGGCCAAGGAGAUCUUUCAGCUCUAAUCAAGGAAAAGAGGCAGAAGUCAGAAAAGAUAACAGACAUGGUGAUUCAGAAGUUCCUGGGACAGAUGGUGGGUGCCUUGUUUUACAUACACAAACAAAAUAUUUGGCACAGAAAUCUCAAGCCAUCAAACAUCCUUGUGACUGGUGAACCAUCCUUCAUGCUGAGUGACUUCAGUACUGAAACACUUAUGAAAGAUGAGCUGAAAUGGAAAAUCAGAGUGGAAGAAGAAAGCAAGUCUUGGAUGGCUCCAGAAACAUUUGGACUUUCUUUCACUGAGAAAUCCGACAUCUGGUCCCUGGGCUGUGUCCUCCUUGAUAUGAUGAGCUGCUUUGUUCUGAAUGCAGAAGAGAUAAAUUCCUUACUGCAGAAUAUCAGAGAGGACAGCAGCUGCCUGGAAGGAGUCCUGACCCUGAUGCAGGAUGGAGAAAGCAGCUAUUUGCCUUUCUUUCCAAUUUUAGUGAUGAUGCUACAGAUUGAGCCCAGCAUGAGACCCACAGCAAGGGAUCUGGUCACUGUUCCAUUUGUUGGGAAAUGCCUGACUUUUGCUGGUGACACCUCAAUAAAAUUAAAGAAGUCUCUGCCUCCCACAAUAACAGAUGAGCUCUUUCAGGGAGGAGUUGAAAAUGUUCUAGAAUUCAUGCAGGCUUUCUGGGAUAUUGAAGAGGUCCAGGCUAAAGGCAUUCAGCACCUUGCCAGAUUUGUAGAUGAUGAAAGUGCAUUCCCCAAUCUGCUAACUUGCACAGAAGUGAUCACUCUUGCCAUGAAGAUUCACACAGAUUCUCUAGAUUUACAAGUUGAAGGCUGCACUUUGUUGCUUGAAAUUCUUAAUCAAGCUCUGGAACAGGGGGUGAUGAUGGCUCUGGAUGAGAAUAUGGCCAGCUGCCUGUUACACACAGUGAGGAAACAUUCUGAAAAUGAAGAGUUCCUUUCAAUGCUCUGCACGUUAUUGAUGAUGGUUUCAGCCAGUGAAGUAGCUGCGGAGAACCUAAGGAAAGUUGGAAUCAUUCCAGACCUUCUGUCAAUUUUAAGACGUUUUCUUCAUAAUGACAAGAUCUGCUUCUCUUGCUGUGCCGUUCUCUGGAGCUUGGCUGUGAGUGGUCAUUCAGAGAAUAAUGCAGACCAAGCAGUGCUGGAAAGUGCUCUCCCUGUCACCUCAGCAGUGCUUCGGAAACACCUCCAGAAUGGAGUCGUUGCAGAGUCUGCCUGCUCAGCUCUGUGGGCACUGGCACUCCAAGGUUGCUUAACUGACAGUGACUAUGAACCUACAGCAGCACUUUUGCUGGAUGCACUCAGGGUGAACCCAGAAAGAGCAGUGCUGGUGAAGAAUGGCUGCCUGGCAUUAGCCAGCCUUGUGAGGCUCUCAGAAACUGCAGCUUUGGCAAUCCUGCUGGACUCAGAGGGCAGUGGAAUAGAGCUGAUCAAAGAUGAGUAUCACCUUCAUUCCAACGAGCCAGGGGUGGCAGAAGCUCUGUGCCUGCUGAUGAACGAGAUGGUUCAGUAUGAAGAUUCAGACCCUGGUGAACGCAACACUUUUGAAACUGAGGAAGGAAAAACGCUUUGUCUGAGAACAAGACUUGGCCACUGCUGGAUACAAAAGCCUGGAUUCUUCAUUAGAGGAUUCUUCUCACCAGAAAAAAAAAGAAUAUUGGGCUAGUAGUAAUAUGCAAACAGGUAUUUAUUGAUGGUUUGGGUACCACAAUGGUGUAACUAACAGCAAUAUUUAAGAAUUCACCUUGUAGUAAGACCUCACUUUGUGGACCUUAACAUACUUGAAAUAAAAAUUUUAAUCCUCCAAAUUUUGACAAAGCAA